AUGUCCUCCCCCUCAACCCGCCGCCUCCUGAAAGAAAGCAGCGACCUCCACAAAAACCCAAGUCCGUACUUCACAGCCGCCCCAAUAAACGACACAAACCUCCACGACUGGCACUUCACCCUAGCUGGACCCCCCUCCCCUUCCCCCUACGCUCAAGGCCUCUACCACGGCCGCAUUACCUUCCCAGCCACAUACCCACUCCGCCCCCCCUCUUUCCGCUUCCUCACGCCCUCCGGCCGCUUCGAAGUCAACCGCGAAAUCUGCCUCAGCAUUUCCGGCCACCACGAGGAGACAUGGCAGCCAGCUUGGGGCGUGCGCACUGCAUUGCUGGGCAUCCGCUCUGAGAUCUUCAGUUCGGAGAGUCAGGGCCAGGUUGGGGGCAUGGAGGGGAGUGAGGAGCUGCGGAGGGAGUAUGCGCGGCUUUCGCUUGGGUGGACUUGUCGUGAGUGCGGGGCUGGGAAUCUAGAGGCUAUGAGGGAGUUGUGGAAGGUUUGUCGGGAGCGUGGGGUCGAGGUUGAGGGUGAGGUUGCGGCUGUGGACGGGUGUUCUGGUGUCGAGGGCCAGCGGGAGACGGUCGAGGCCGAGGCCGAGACUGAUGCUGAUGCUGAUGCUCUGGCUCCGGCUUCAAGUGAGAAUUCUAUACCUGUUGGAAAUGAGCACCAGGCUCGGGGAGAUGAUGCUAUAGAGAGUACUCCGGCUGCGGAACCUGUUCCGGCUCCUUCUGCGUCUGCAUCGGUGUCCGCGGCACAAACACAGGUACAGGCACAGGUACAAGCACCGGCUGCAGCUGUUAUGCCUACGCAGACAAGCUCGUCUCAAUUGGCUUCGACGGAGUCUCCAUCUGAAAGUGUCUGGCUGGACCGGGCUAUCAUUGGUGUGAUCGUUGCUCUUGUCUUGUUGAUAUUGCGCCGAGUGGCGAACGUCGACGAUCUGUAA